GAACCUCAGUUGCUGUUCAGCUGUUGAGCAGUGUAGUCGUGGUAGAUGCUACCACGAAUUCUACUAGACAGUUGCGGAGUGUACUGCGCUCGUUGUUAACAGUUUUCCGUCACUCUUUGAAUUAAUUGAAAGUGUCUAAAUAUUAUAAGUUAACAUAAAAUGGCUGGUUUUACGGAAAGUGCUCUUGUUAAGAAACUUAUGGACUUGAAUCCUUCGCAACAGAGUAUACAGACACUCUCGCUGUGGUUGAUACAUCACAGGAAACACCAUCCGACCAUCGUUAAAGUCUGGUUCAAGGAGAUGUGUAAAGUGAAAGAUAAUCGGAAAUUGAUGUUUAUGUACUUGGCGAACGAUGUUAUACAAAACAGUAAGAAGAAAGGUCCAGAGUUCGGAAAGGAAUUCGCAACCGUUUUACCGAAAGCUUUCGAGCACAUGAAAAGGUUCGACGAAAAGACCAGAGAACGUCUUAACAGGUUACUUCAAAUCUGGGAAGAACGUGGUGUCUAUGACAAAACACAGAUAGCCGAAUUCAAAGCAUCUUUUAAUUCAGCAUCGGACCCCGUCAAGGACUCAGUAACACCGCCGCCUAGAAAGAAACCAAGAAUUGACGUAGAGAAGCAAAAGGAAAAAGAGAAGGAAAGAGAGAGGGAGAGGGAAAGGGAGAAGGACAAGGAGAGGGAAAAGGAAAAAGAGAAGGAAAAAAAAGAAAGAAAAAAGUCGGAGACCGAAGUCGAAAUCGAUGGUACCAAAGAGCUUCAUGUUACCUUGAGUCCUCGCACGCCAGCCGGGGAUCCCCCGGAAACUGAGGAGCUCGUCAAAGCUUUAAUGGAUUUGGAGAACACAGCAUCUUCCGACGCCGGUGUCAGAGAACGCAUAGCGUCGUUACCUCCAGAAGUGUCGGAGGUAUCCCUAUUGGCUAAUUUAGCUGACAGGUCAGCAGCUGAUCAAUUAAGCGUAGCUGUUAAUGAGGCGGCAGCGUUGUUAGCUGAUUACAACGGCAGACUGCAGGCUGAGAUGGAAGACAGAAGAAGAUUAUUAACAAUGCUGAGGGAUUACACGCUGUUACAGAAACAAUUACUUCAACAGGCCCAAACGACGCUCGAGGACUACAAGGAGAAACUGAAGAAGAUAUGCUCUGUACGAUCAGAAGUGAAGUCUCACAUUUCAAAUCUUCCGGAUCUGACGCAGCUGCCAGACGUCACAGGUGGAUUAGCCCCACUGCCUUCAGCCGGUGAUCUCUUUUCUCUUCACUAGCUGAAGAUCUUCGUUGAAGCACGAGGUAGACCUCGUGUUUCCAGGCGAAGAGUAAUGCAGCUGCAAGUCAACUUCCUAGACAUCACACAGGAACCCGACUGAAUCUACGGGGAAGUCCCUGGCUGACUACAGGACGAAAUUCCUCGCUAAAAUCGAGAUGGAACGCGGAGAAGAAGAGAAGAAUGACCACGAGGUAAAAUUGCAGACUUUUGUUGUAAAGGAGAAAGUGAAUUAGAACAAAGAAAUGAUAAAAAAAAACAAAAAAAAUUAAAAGCCGAUAUUACUUGUAUCGCCUUCUUUUUUCUUCUGCUUGCCCAAGAAUUAAUACCGGACUGCCUUCGCAAUUUGUCUCCUGAUUAAAAUUAAGCAAUUUAUCACGGUAUUUGGGAGAACAAGUAACUGAUGAAACUGUGUUACAUCGUCUUGAAGCGCCAUUGGUCAAUUUGAGUCACUUUGAAAAUGGCCCUUGGUACGAGCGGAGGGAUUCGGCUUUCUUUGUUCUUUCUUUUUCUUCGUUCUAUGGUUUUUUUUUGUCUUUUUUCGUCCUACCACGUCAUUGUGAACGACACGUUGAUGAUGUCAUCCAUUAUUCAACUUCUUAUAUUUUUCUUUUUGUUUUUCAAUCCUAGACGCAAUUCGAAUCUUUUUGUAGUCUUACAAAAUCAAAAGUUUCCGUGCGUCUAUCUCGUGUGCUUGAAAAGGAUCUUUUCUUUUAAAUCCAAUCCGAAUUCACUACUCGUGUGAACUUUCUAAUGCAUCGUCGAUUUUUCUGUUUCUUUGGGAAUUUGUAAUCAAUUGCACUGGUUUUGCGAGCACAAAAGACAUGGACGCACAUGUAGGGGCUGGAUAGUUUGCCAGACGUAAACGUGUGCAGGCCUGAUAAGGGGUAGAUAAUUUGAUAGAAAAUGGAAAAUUGAAGGAAACGAAAAACAUGAGCACAUAAUGUUUUUUCAUUGUGCACUGGGAGUCUUUUGAUGGGUCAAAAAUUUGAACUGUUUUCGCACAGUUGUAUUUUUUUUCUAUUUUAAUUGGCCGAUUAUUUGUCGGGAAAAAUCGUUUAGGGCGUGAUGCACUAUUUUUGCCAUGCAACUAUGGCAAAUCCUUUAUCCUUGUACAUAUUUCGUAUCUAGUUGACACGAUUGCGGGACUGAACAAAAAAAAAACACUUCCUAAAACCUAAUAAUAGAUUUGGUUGAAAUUUUGGGACGGAAGAGAAUGUAAUAACCAGCGUAAAAGCUAUAUUAUUGUACAUGUAUUAUUUUAAGAGAUGAUGAUGGCGAAUGAAUGCGAGACUAUGUAUCGCUUAAAUUGUAAUAUUGUGGAGACUAUUAAUACGAAUAAAUGUUUUCAACGUUAA